UUUGCAUCCAUGUUGAUUAUGCUGACACGACAUAUCAAAGCUACGUUUAUUUUACAAGAUUUACAUGUAUCAUCCACUGCUAACUGGAAGUAAAAUGGAAUCAAGUCGUGUUCCUGUGACCUCUCGUUCUCUGCCAGCCACGGAACUGGUACCUAGGCGUACCUCACAUGACACUGCUGACGGGGAAUCAGGGAUGGUCAACGGUGGAGAUGUCAGAACGUUUAUCAACUACAGACUGGACAGUACUGUGAUCAACGGUAGUCAGACUAGUAUGUCGCGAGCUUUUGAGGCUGCACAGCGGGCAAGGUCACUUGCACAAAGUGAAGUCGCCAAGAGGUCAAAGACUUUGAAAGAUGCCGACGUUGCCCUGAGGAAAAGGGCACAUCUACACAUGUUCUUCAAGUUAACAGCAAUAAGAGCUUAUCAGCGGUUGCGAGCCCUGGAAACUGAACGUACAGAGCGAGAAAGGACCAUCGCAUCAGAGAGAGCUGAACGAGAAAGAUCCCGGGCUAUUGAAAUAGCUCGACAGUCUGGGCUAAGAGCUUUGAGAGUGGGACGGUCCGAUGAAGAGGAAUGGCUUAGCUCCGUAUGUGAUAACAUCACAAGUGUACCUGUUGACAGCCACAGAAAUGUUCCGGCUACAGUUAUUACUGGGGAUUAAGGAGUUGGGCGUUUCUACAAUAAGGUGUAUAUUAGGAUUUGUAUACAUGUCUAUGUGUCUGUCUACUUGAUAAUUCAUUAUUUACUGGACUGUAUUAGGAUAUGCCCGUCUCUCUGAUUGUUUGCUAAUACAUGACUUUAAAUUCUGAUAACGAAAAGAAAGCUGUUAAAAUUACCUCUACUGUUUUAAGAUGGGAAAAUAUGUUAUAGAUAUAAAACUAUACGUGUAAGCUGACUGGUCUUUAUAUAAUGCUGAACUUUCGAACCUGUAAGAGAAGGGUGUACUCAUGGAAGUCAUCGGGACCCAGCCGGGAUUUUAAUUCAGUCGUGCAUUAAAAACAUAAAAUAGUUAAUAGGACAUGGAUUUUAUUGUAGAGGAUUCACUUUAAAAAAUUUUAAUCCAAAGUUUAGUAAGACAAGUAACAACACACGACGUUUUCGCAAUUUAGAUAAUAUAAAAUGUUUAACUAGGAGAACUGAUCUAUCGUUUCACUUAACUUGCUAUCAAAGCUAGUUUCUCGUGCGUAAUUUGUAAAUGAAUAAAUACAUACAAUCAUCGUAAAACUGUUAACAGAGUACCAUAGGUAAACUAGAUAAGUGGGUCAAUAUUUUUUUUUUAAACACGUGGUUACAUAGCAUUAUUUUGGGUAUAUUUUAUAUUCUUAUGUGCUUUAAUCGAUACUUAUGAUAGGAGUAGAACAAAGUUGUGUCCCUAUUGGCGGCUAAAGUCUGUAGGACGUCCAUGAGUUCACUCAGCGCUAUUGGGUACCUGACAAAACUCACUCCUCAACCCCUCAAGCGGUCCACAAUAGGAACAAAGUUAGGAUGCUUGCAGUAGACAAAAUGACUUGACAUAUAAUGGACAAGACUGGCCGCCGCUUGCAUCACGAUUCUUGGGAUAGUUGUGAUCCGAAAGAAAUACAUGGAGUAUUUCUUUAUUUAUUUUUUUUACUCUGAUUUCUAAGUGAUUUUUACCUUUUAUAAUUUAAACCUACGCUCAUUUUG